AUUGAACUAUGUCCCAUACAUACCCGGCGUAUCCCGUUUGAGUAUUCCCAGUCUGAGAUUCUUUAUCAUUCUUCACAAUCCCACUGACAUCGUAAGUAACCACCCAACCCUAUUAGACUGCAGUAAAAUAAAAAAAUUAAUGUCUAACUCUCCUGCUGAACGCGAGUCGUUCACGGCCUUCAUCACCGCAUUCGUUGCAAUGCAUACCUUUGCUUGGAUAUGCUGUUUUAUCAUCAUCAUAACCGUCGUCUUUUCCCCCAAUAUUAAUCGCCAGUCUACCUGGAUUAACCUCAAUAUCAGUUGGAUCAUAGCAUGCUUCGUCUUUGCCUUCCUGCUUACCACUGGACAGCUUUAUAAGACAAGUCCACACCCUAGUGUCUGUCUAUUCCAAGCUGCUGCAGUGGACGCUGUCUCAUCUUUAGUAGCAGGAACGAUGCUAGCACUUUCUCUUCAGCUGUGGCUCAAUCUUCGUUUAAACUCUGGAAAUUUGACAGGCAUGUCUCCCCAGCAACGCGAUACUCUGCUGAUUGUAAUGCCAUACGUAGUGCCUCUGAUUGAAUUUCUCGCAUCUCUUGGGUAUGCUGGCCAACAUCCUCAGCAAGUUGCUCUGACAGAUUCGGGCAUGUUCUGCGGAUUUACCAACCCAAUCCCGAUAGGUUCCAUCUACUCCGCAAUACUCAUGAUUCCUACUGCCUCUGCGCAGGUCGUGUUAUGGCAUUAUAGUUAUCGUAAUUGGUACAAAAUUUCAAAGAACAGUCGAAAUGACUUAGUCACAAUGAUUCGGCUUGGAUUGUUCACCGUUUUCGGGAUAGUUAGCGUAAUUGUCAGCAUUCUUAAUCUCACCAUGCAGGUCAAUUCCUCGGUGGUGAACAUCUUGGAAUCACUACCACCAGUGUCCUUCGUGUUCAUAUUUGGACUUCAACAGGAUCUUUUCCGUGCAUGGAUGUUUUGGCGCACCUAUCCGACUGUUCUCAAGUCUACGAGCACUGUGUGGAGUGGCAUUCGGUUAAUAAAGACGCCAACGGAAAACGAGCAGAGUCAGACGAAGACAACUUGGACAGAUGCAUAAACAUGUUGAAGUGGUGUAAAUGUGAAUUUAAAGCGCAUCUUCGCGUGUAACACUAGAACUGGGGGUUUUGUCGGCGUAAGGCUGUAGUUCUGACUCCUGAUAUGCCAAACAGGCAACCUCUAGGAACUCCUUCUUGAUUCUCCAUUAUACA